GACUUAUCAUCUUCGAACCUCUUGUCUCCCUCUCGCGGAUCCCAUGCGCCCAAAUGGCCAAACGGCGCUGAGGAAGCAAGAUGCGCCAAUUCCUACCCUUCCUGUCGUUCCUUUGGGUUUUCCUUUUUUCCUUGAAUGUCUUUCCUGCUUCGGCAUCCUCCGACUACUAUGAGCAACUGAACCUGCGGCCGCUGCCUCUGUCCUCGCUCCUUGCGAGCUUCAACUUCCGCUCCAACACGACCUUCUCCGAGUUCGAAAAGGGCAACUUCCGCUUCUUCCCGCGCUCGCUCGGUCAGAUCCUGCAACAUGCCGGCACGCGCGAGCUUCAUCUGAGGUUUAGCUUGGGGCGAUGGGAUGCCGAAACUUGGGGCGCCAGGCCGUGGAACGGCGCGCGUGAGGGCGGCACUGGUGUCGAACUCUGGGCGUGGCUCGAGGCUGACGCGGACGAGGAAGCGGACCGCAAAUGGCGAAUCCUCACAAACGCCCUGUCGGGGCUAUUCUGUGCCUCGCUCAAUUUCAUCGACGAAACCCGGACGACACGCCCCGUAAUGUCCUUCCAACCCGAAGGCGACCAUCCUACGGACAGUGAUAUGCAUCUCCUCUACGGCGUGCUGCCUCACGAGGUGGUCUGUACCGAAAACCUUACCCCGUUCCUGAAGCUCCUGCCAUGCAAGGGCAAAGCCGGGAUCGCCACGCUGCUCGACGGCCACAAGCUGUUUGACGCUUCGUGGCAAACCAUGGCCAUCGAUGUCCGCCCAGUUUGCCCCCCCGGCGAUGAAUGCGUUCUACAGAUCGAGCAAACUAUUGACAUGGUCCUUGACAUCGAACGGUCCAAGCGGCCGAGGGACAAUCCUAUUCCCAGACCCCCGCCAGCCGAUCAGCUGCCUUGCAACACUUCGAAGCCCUACCACUCUCAUGACACAUGCUUUCCCAUGGACCACACCAACCAGGAGUGGUCACUCGCCCAGAUCUUCGGCAAGCCCGUGAAAGGAACCUGCCCUCUUGCAGACCCGGCCGUACCUCCGGUGUGCCUCCAGGUUCCCCACUCUCGCACUGUCUUUGUCACCCAGGACGUUUCCGAGAAAAAGAACCCCGACCAAGUUUCGCGCUGCUUUCACGUCUCGCCGCCCGAGACCGAGCUGGAGUUGAUGCUCCCCCGCCUCGAGGAUGGCGCCUCAGCCGGCAUCCUGACACCGGAGACUCCACUUCUUUAUGCCGAACGCAGCUUCACCGGCUACGGCCAGGAGCGCGGCGGCGUGCAGACUAUUCUGCGCAACCCAAGUCCCGACACCGAGGUCGAAUUCAUCUACAUGGAAACACUCCCCUGGUUUAUGCGUAUUUACCUGCACACCAUGGAAGCGCGCGUAGCCGGCACAUCCUCAUCGCCGUCUUCGUCUCGUAAUGACAACAAUAUUAGCAAAAAUGAUAGCGCCACAGACCGAAACAAUGACGACAUUAACAAGUCGCUGAUCCAACAAGUUUACUACCGCCCGGCCCUUGACCGCGCCCGCGGUACCCAGCUCGAAGUGCGUAUGCGCGUGCCCGCGGCCUCGACCGUGUCCCUCACGUACGACUUUGAAAAGUCCAUCCUGCGGUAUACCGAGUACCCGCCGGACGCGAACCGCGGGUUUGACGUGGCCGCCGCCGUCAUCACCAUCCUCGACCGCGGGGCGGAAGGGAAUACGGCGGCCCGGGCGGCGUACAACCUCAGAACCACGUCGCUGCUCUGCAGCCUGCCCACGCCCGACUUCAGCAUGCCGUACAACGUCAUCAUCUUUACCUCGACGGCCAUCGCCCUGGCGUUUGGCGGCAUGUUCAAUAUUCUUGUGAGGCGGUUUGUGGCGGCCGAUGAGGGGCCGGAGGCCGGGCUGGCGGUCCUGGUGGGGAGGAUAAAGACGAAGUUGAGAGGGGCGGUCAAGGGAGUAAAGAGCUGAUAUCGGAACCAGCUCGCAGGGAUUCUGGACUUGUGUACGUCUUGCUCAUCGCAUCAUUAUCAUUUGUCAUCAUCAUCAUCAUUGCAUCCAAUCUAUACUGCUUCUGUUUGCUUCUCUACGCGAGGCUUUCCAUUGGGAACGGGACAGGACUUUAUGGUUUUGCAGCA